AUGGAGACCAUUUGCGAUUUUUGCGAAAAAGGCCGAGCCACGGUCUAUUGUAAAGCGGAUUCCGCUCGGCUCUGCCUCUCAUGCGACCGAGUAGUUCAUUCUGCGAAUAAUCUCUCCCUUCGCCAUCAUCGCACACUGCUUUGCGACGGAUGCAACGCGGAGCCAGCCUCCGUGCGAUGCCGGGACGAAAACCUUUCUCUCUGCCCGGAUUGUGACCUCGCGUCUCACAACGCGAAUCCGUCCGGCGCGAACCACAGCCGUCACGUGUUCGAAUGUUUCACGGGCUGCCCGUCUGCAGCGGACCUGGCGAAGCUAUGGGGUUGCGACAUGGCUCAACCGCCGCCGCUCCUCCAAGUGCAAAAAGCCCAACCAGCCUCCUCCACUUCCACAGCCGGCGGUGGUGCCUUAACUUCCGCUCACGGCUUUCUCCCGGCGAAGGAUCCCGACACCUCUACUCACCCGGCGGAACCUCAAACACCUAAGCCGGGCGUGUUAUUACCUCGUGUUUCCCUCUUCCGUCCCGCCCUCAUUCCCACCGUCGCCGUCUCCCCCCCUACGCUCGAUAUGCUCCAGGGAAUGAAAGCAGAAGCUCCUUGGAACAGCCAGUACCCUGCAGCAUCUCCCAUGACUGCUGCCUCUCCCAUGAUUGCUGCCUCUCCCAUGCUCGCCGCACCUGGCGCGUUCCCCUUCCGGCCGCAAUCGGCGGCGCCGCAGUCGCCGGAGCAGCUGCUUAGCCAAGGCUCAGGCCCGAGGCUAGGGCACGGCAUGCGAUCCAGCCCUCACAACACCCUCCUUCCCAACACCGGUGUCCCUCCCAGCUCCCCCGCUCUUACCGCUCCUAUACCCGCUCACUCUGCUGCUACUCCCGGCCCUCCUGCCAACUCUGCUGCCGCUGCCCCUCUCCCUGCCGCGACUGCCCCCUCCCCUGCUCCCUCUGUCCCGUCUCUGGCGCCAGUCAACUCUGCGCCAACCGCCCCUGCUGCGUCCGUACCUGCAGGAUCGCUAAAUAGGCAGUUCACCCGAUCGUACUCGCUGCACACGGACGCUCAGUCCCCAGUGUUCCCGCGUGUGGCGAGAACCCCCACCCGCGGCAACGCCACCCUCACCGGCGCUCCUUCUGCUGCUGCUGUUGCUGCUCUGUCGGACCGCGACCUGAAUUUUCACCUGAGUCAAAUGGCCAAUCGGAGGAUCGCGCAGGAGAUCGCGCAGUCCAGGCGGACAGGAGGAGGAGCGGGGGAAGCAGGAGGAGUGAGCAACGCAGGCGGGGUGGGCCGAGGGGGGGUAGGCUCCCCGAUGGUUCUCGAGGCGUCGCAGAAAGGCAGCAUAGGGGGGAUGACCGCCGGGGGGAUGACCGCUGGGGGGGUGACCACUGGGGGGGGGAUGGGCAGAUUGGGGGGAAGCAGGGUCGGGAUGAAGCGGAGCUUUGGCGUAGAACCGGUGGAUUUCCCCAUGGGGACGCCGAGCUUGGAGGCUGGCGGCAGGAGUCAGAGCGCUGCUGGCGGCAGGAGUCAGAGCACUGCUGGUGCCGAGCUCUGCGAUGGCAGCGGUAGUGGGUACGAGGUGGGGACUCCGUCCCGCGUUGCUGCGCCUGGAGUAGCUGAGGAGAAGUUUUCUGGAAAGCGGCAUGCCGGGGGGCUGACGUGUGCCAGCCGGGAGUCACUCCGCGAGGCAGCAGGGAGCCGCGUGGGCGGGGAGGGGCCAGAGGGCAUAGGCAGCGCUGGGCCUACAGGAGUAAUGGCCUGUUUUGAGAAUGAUCAAAAUGCGCAUGCGAAAGGAGGUGGUGUGGGGUCGACAGGUGAAAUGGCGCAGACAGGGGAGUGCGGAGGCGUGGCAGCCGGGGCCGGUCAAGACAUGGCAACACUGAUGGACGCAGAGAUGGGCAUGGGGAUGAACAUGAACAUGGGCAUGGGCAUGGGGAUGGGGAUGGGCAUGGGCAUGGGGUUCCACAUGGAGGACAUGGAUUUCCCCAUGCCGCUUCCCGGCUGUGAUGACAUGUUUUCACUCCCUGAUUCCAACUUUGGAGGAGUCUUCUGUGCUGCAUCUGGUGCUGGGGCUUACGCUGCUGGGGCGUAUGCUGCUGCUAAUGGGGCUGGGGCUGGGGCUGGGGGCGGGGGCGGGGCUUUCACUGCUGCGGGUGCGUUUGCGGGGUCCACUGGGUGCGGCAGUGCGGCAGCUGAUGCCUGA